UGGUCUUUACGUCUUAUGUCCACGAAUUCGCUCGAAGUCACGUGACUACCUUCGACCAAUCAAAUCGAAACUCACUUGCUCCACCAAUCCUACGGCAUCACGUUGAAAGACUGUUAUAUUUUGUCGGUGUAAUUUGAUUUCAAGUACGUACAUAAGCCAAAAUGGCUCCUAUAAUAACCCGCGGAAAGAAAAUAGUGUCUUCGUCUAAAUCGAAUUACGAUGCCUCGGAAAAAGAAAACAUUUAUUUGCGUCGUUUGACCGAUUAUCAGACUCGAGUACGAAGACGAGAUACUGUAAGAAGUGUAAGAAAUGCUACGGAACGUGAUUUGGAACGAAAAGUAGGCGUAGAAAUACAAAUUAGGGAUGGAUCAACAAAGUUACUGGCGGCUGCUCGCCAUCGUACACAAAGUUUAGAAGCGGCGCGAGCAUUGUUUAUAUCGAAUGAAAAAAUGUCUAUGUACAUGAAAGAAUUACAACGUCGUAAAAAGCAUUCGGCCGAAAUUUUGUCUAAGCAAUCUGACAGUACAGCAACGGUUUCACUUUCGGAGCUUAGAUUUCCAUUGAUGUGGAAAGAUUUGGAUCAUUUUAAAAAUCGUGGGGAUUAUAGAAGAUUUGCUGUUUUUUGUAUGGCUCGUAUAGGAACAGAGAUAUGCGAUACAAUUUUACUCUGUCCUAUUGACAGAACGCAUACAGAUAUUACCUUUAUCAAUCCUUUAAUAUUUAAUAAUGUACCAGCAGAAUUUGAGCUGAAAUUAGAAAUUUAUAGUUGUAUGCUAGAAGAAGAUUUUAGCAUUGCAAGUACUCCAUUGAAAAUUACAAAAACAAUACAUUCGUCGAUAUCCAAAACACUCGGUAAAAGAUUGAGUGCAUCUUUAAAUGGAGAUAUCAAUCCUACCCAAUUAGGUCCACGCUUUGAACUAGCUGCCUCUGCCAAACUGACUAUAGAAGAAACAGAUAAUGGUGUACGAACGCAUGAUCUUGUUAUAAAUCAUGUUGAGAACAAGAAUUGUAUGUUACCACUUUUUGGAUACUUUUGUUGUCGCUUAGCAGUUGAACCGGAAUGCAUUAACUCAGAUAUUUAUGCAGGCAUAAUUGAUAUAAAUAGUCAAAAGUAUUGGGCACGUCUGCGUAAUUUUUCCAUUAAAACGUGGUUUUCUAGAGAAUUGGAAGACGAAGAGAAAAAUGUGAUUCAUACUAUUCCUAUCGAUAAAGAUACUAUCAUUCAGUUUUCGAAACAUUCGUCUAGAAAACUUUUAAUAACAAAUUUUAUCGAUGGUAUCAAAAAAACGAUUAUAAUCCUAUUGAAAUCAAACAAAGAAGCUCUGGAAUGGAUGAAAUAUCUAACGACACAUUCGAAAGAUCAUAAUAGAUGGAAAAGUGCAGGGCAAACAAUUCAACGAGUACAAUCAAUGGACAAUAUCCCUAUCUUUUGUAAUAAUAGACAAGGUUCUUUGUACGAUGAAACAUCAUUGAUAGAAUCUAUUCCAUCUAGUUUGUAUAGUACACAAAGGUUUUCAGUACAAGACAUUUCUUGUACUAUACCUAGCAAUGUUUUUGGCAAUACGUCGAAUAAUCUUCAUACUCGAUCACUACGCAAUAAUAGUAUGUACAAAUUAAGUUCUAUUGGCGUGAAGCAUCGCUGGUCCUUCUUAAAUAAAGAUCAGUCAUGAAUGUUAACACACACACACACACAUAUAUAUAUAUAUAUAUUUAUUUUACAAAGAUGUUCGAAGAAAAUAUAUUUUACGCAUCUUCACACAUCUUUGAAUAUAUUUCUAAACAAUAUAUACAUAUAUAUAUAUAUAUAUACAUACAUAUAUACAUAUAUACAUACAUAUUGCUUUGUAAACGUAUCAAUGUCAAAUAUCAGUGCUACAUAAAUCAUGUCACAAUUAUUUGACGUGGAUCUAUAUCGUAUUAGUUCAAAUAUUUGAAAUUAUUUUUAUUACAAGUCGUUGUCUUGCCAAAUAAUUCCAUCAGCAAAUGUUACAUCUCGAUAACUAAAUAACAUAUGCUAAAGUAGUUCCAGAUAUAAACGAUCAAUGAAUGGUCGAAUAAAAGGUAAAAAGCGAUUAUAAAAAUGAAUUUCAAUUGUGACCUUUUAUCCUGGAACAUUGAUUGAUAGUAUUAUAUAUUAUAAAAUAAAGUGUAAUAUGAAUUAGAUUAUUUUUAUUUUCGUUUUUGCCGAGGAGAAAUCAUAUUUGUAACUUUUAUUUUCUUUUUUAUUUUUGUAGACAAUUUCUUGUUUAAAUCUAAAUAAAGAUAAUAUUUUGUA